AUGUCCAAGCAGGGCGCACAGCCAAGGCAAAGAGCCGGCGGCUGGCACUGCAAGAAGGCCAUCCGUCUGGGAUCCAAAGUUUCCAAGAUUCUAGUUUCGCUGAGACUCUGCUUUCCAGGCCUCCUGCGCACUGGAAUCAUCUCAGAUUCGACGUGCCCUAGAGGCUACGGACUACGCGCGCGCGAAGUUCUGCGGUUGCGCAGGGCCGGGGCCGCAGGUCUUAACUUUCCCCGGGCGGUGGGCGGGGCCGGUCUCACCUGCGGGGGCGGGGCUCCCGGCCACCCCGCCCCCGGAGGACCCGCCCGCGGCCCGAGACUCGCUGCGCAGCUGGAAGCGGCGGGGCGUGCGCGGCGGGCGGGCGCAGCGCGGCGAAGCAGGACCGGGAGCUGUCUGCGGUCAGGAGCAGCAAUGUCCGUGAAGGUGGCGGCCCCGGGAAGCAUGGGGCUGGGCCCGGAGCACCUGAGCCCUGAGGAGCUGGUGCGACAGACGCGACAAGUGGUACAGGGGCUGGAGGCCCUGCGGGCAGAGCACCGGGGCCUGGCCGGGCACCUGGCGGAGGCCCUGGCAGGACAGGGCCCGGUGGCUGGCCUGGAACUGCUGGAAGAAAAGCAGGAGGUGGUGAGCCACUCACUGGAGGCCAUCGAGUUGGGGCUGGGUGAGGCCCAGGUGCUGCUGGCCCUGUCGGCACAUGUGGGCGCGCUGGAGGCUGAGAAGCAGCGGCUGCGAGCGCAGGCCCGGCGGCUAGCCCAGGAGAACGCAUGGCUGCGGGAAGAGCUGGAGGAGACGCAGCAGCGGCUGCGGGCCAGCGAGGAGGCUGUGGCCCAGCUGGAGGAGGAGAAGAGCCACCUGGAGUUCCUGGGGCAGCUGCGGCAGUAUGACCCGCCUGCGGAGAGCCAGCAGCCCGAGUCCCCCCAUCGGCAGGACAGCCUGGCCUCCCUGUUCCCCAGUGAGGAGGAGAGGAAAGGUCCCGAGGCAGCGGGGGCCAUCUCUGCUCAGCAGGGUGGCUACGAGAUCCCGGCCCGCCUUCGGACCCUGCACAACCUCGUGCUCCAGUACGCAGGGCAGGGCCGCUACGAGGUGGCUGCACCACUGUGCCGCCAGGCCUUGGAGGACCUGGAGCGGAGCUCGGGCCACUGCCACCCUGACGUGGCCACCAUGCUCAACAUCCUGGCGCUGGUGUACCGGGACCAGAACAAGUACAAAGAGGCCACAGACCUUCUCCAUGACGCCCUGCAGAUCCGGGAGCAGACGCUGGGCCGGGAGCACCCCGCGGUGGCCGCCACCCUCAACAACCUGGCCGUCCUCUACGGGAAGCGUGGGCGUUACCAGGAGGCGGAGCCCCUGUGCCAGCGCGCCCUGGAGAUCCGUGAGAAGGUCCUGGGCGCUAGCCACCCGGACGUGGCCAAGCAGCUCAACAACCUGGCCCUGCUGUGCCAGAACCAGGGCAAGUUCGAGGAGGUGGAGCGGCACUACGCCCGGGCCCUGAGCAUUUACACGGCCCUCGGUGGGCCUCACGACCCCAACGUGGCCAAGACCAAGAACAACCUGGCCUCAGCCUACCUGAAACAGAACAAGUACCAGCAGGCGGAGGAACUGUACAAAGAAAUCCUCAGCAGGGAGACCCUGCCCGCCCCUCUCGGAGCCCCCAACACAGGCACAGCUGGUGACACAGAACAGCAGACCCUUCGUCGGAGCAGCUCGUUCUCCAAGCUCCGAGAGUCCAUCCGGCGGGGAAGCGAGAAGCUGGUCUCCCGGCUCCGAGGCGAGGGGGCGGUGGGGGCAGCCGGGAUGAAGAGAGCCGUGUCACUCAACAUGCUGAACAUGGAUGGUUCCAGGGCUGCUGGGAACCAGUUCCCCAGCCGGCACCUGAGCGAGGCCUCUCGGACCCUCAGCACCAGCACCCAGGACCUGGGCCCCCGCUGAAGGCGACAGAACCACGUGGCUGCGGCUUCUCAGGAGGAGCGGGAGCGGGAUGGGAGGAGGGGACGGGAGUCCUUUUAUCUCCCUGACUCGCUCCCACCCCUAGGGGCACCCAGUGUCUUGGGCUUCCCCGCUGUCCUCUCCUCCUGUGAUUAAAGGCUGUAGACUUGGCAGCCAGAA